AUGCACACCACCACUGCACUCAUGGAUACCACACACUUUAACAGUUUCGACUUUUCGGACCCGUCUCUUGGUAACCAUGGGUCCAUGGUUUACCUUGGCGACACCGAGCACACCGAUGUCUUCUCGACGUCGCAACCCCACCCCGCAGCCUUCCUGCCGGCGCAACAACCGGCAGCACCCGGAUUGAGUCCCAACAGCAAGCACGACGGACUUGGUGCGGCUCAGCGAAAGCGGAGUCUCGUGGGCUCUGGGGACGACAGUCCGAAUAGUGGCCACGGUGAUGCCCACUCGUUUGAAGAUGGCGGCGCGGAUGAGUUCGGCCUGUCGUCCCAUGGGCUGGCCGAUGGCACUGACCUAGGAGGCAAAACCAAGGAUGACAAGAUGGACAUGGCGCCUGCGUGGAGCGAACUCAAGACAAAGGCUGGGAAGGAACCCCCGCGGACCGACUACAUGGCCAUGCUCGACAAGCGACUCAAGCGAAUGGAAGAGCGUAUCAUCAAAAUUGUACCAGGGAAGGAGCAGCCCGGUUCCUCCCCGAAUAUUACGAGGGCUGUUCUCAAGCCUUCAAUACCAGGAACAGCAUCCGUGUCCAGCAAGACGGGCUCCAAGAAGCGCCCGGCCGAAGAAGCCUUCGGGCCUGACCUAGAAAACUGGGCCAAUGGUCCUGUCAAGAGCAAGCUUGAUGGCGUGGACAAGCCAACGUCUCUCCAAAUCCAAGAGGCUGAAGAAAACAAGCUUUUCCUAGCAGGCCUCGAUGCACUGCCAUCAAAGGAGAUCCAGGAGCACCUGGCCGAGGUGUUCUUCGAGAACAUCUAUGGCCAAGCCUAUCACCUGCUACACAAACCGAGCUACAUGAGAAAACUCAAAGCCGGCACCUUGCCACCAGUGCUCAUCCUCUCUGUUUGCGCCAUUGCAGCCCGCUUUUCGACGCAUCCCAAACUGAACUCUUCUCCGAAUUUCCUGCGAGGUGAGGAAUGGGCUUCUCACGCGCGGGAGAUUUGUACCACCAGAUACGAGUGGCCCAACAUCACCAUACUCACAUGUCUCUUGAUUCUCGGCCUCCACGAGUUCGGAACCUGCCAUGGGGGCAGGAGCUGGGCGUUGGGAGGCCAGGCGAUACGCAUGGCUUUUGCUUUGCAGCUACACAAGGAUCUCGAAUAUGAUCCGCUCGGCCAAAAAGGAGCCUCGCAACUUAGUUUCAUCGAUCGCGAGAUUCGACGACGGACAAUGUGGGCAUGCUUCCUCAUGGACAGAUUCAACUCUUCGGGAACCGACAGACCCAUGUUUAUCAAAGAAGAGACGGUCAAGAUUCCUUUGCCCAUCAAGGAAAAAUAUUUCCAGCUGGACAUGCCGGGGGUGACCGAGACAUUGGCCGGGAAUCCCUCUCGAACCCCGACGCCCGAGGACAGUUAUAUGCCCGAUGCCAAGGACAACAUUGGGGUCGCGGCCUACAUGGUAAGGUCGAUCUCGCUAUGGGGCAAAAUCAUCGGCUAUUUGAACCAGGAAGGAAAAGACAAGGACGAGCACCCAAUCUGGAGCACGGAGUCCGAGUUCGCCAAGCUCACCAAGGAUGCCGAGGAUCUUCUGGAAACCCUGCCAGACCUGCUCAAAUACAACCAAGACAACAUCCAAUUGCACGAAACCGAGAACAUGGCCAACCAAUUUCUGUUCUUACACAUUUCAAUUCAGCAGAACAUUCUCUUCCUCAACAGAGUUGCCGUUGCCUUUCCGGGUGGCAGUGUGACACAGGACACGCCGAAGGCUUUCGUUUCGGCAGCGGGAGCCAAGACUUUCAGCGCCGCGAACCGCAUCUCGGAGAUUUUGAAGGACGCAGAGCCAUACGUCGUUGCGGCCCCUUUCGUCGGCUACUGUGCCUUCUCAGCUGCCACAAUCCACAUCAUUGGUAUCUUUUCGGGAACGCCGUCGGUGGAGGCAACCUCCAAGAAACAUCUGACCACCAACGUCAAGUUUCUGACCAAGAUGAAGCGCUAUUGGGGUAUGUUCCAUUGGAUGGCGGAAAACCUGCGUGGUCAAUACCGGAGCUGCGCAGAUGCGGCAAGGCACGGCGGACCCUCCAAGGAAGGGGCAACGUCUCCCAUUUUCCAGUAUGGCGACUGGUUUGAUCGGUAUCCUCACGGGGUUUCACAGACCGACUUUGAGGAUCCUGCCUCGGUCAAGAAGAAGGAGAAGGGCGAGGAUGCUGUUCUUGAACAGAAGCCUGAGCUCCACACGGUAGAAGAGUUUUUCACCACGCUGCCCUCGCCGCAUAGCACGGAAAGCAACAAGGACAGCUCAAAACCGCCAGCACACAAACGCAAAGCGGCUGCGGGGAGGAAACAGAGCGGGUCCAGCAUUUCGACGUCGAAGGCCGAACAGCAGCAGCACCAGCUCGACCCAAUCCUGACAGAUUUCUCCGGGGCUGCCGUCCCGCGCUCCUCAGGCUCGGGCCACUCAGCGCAUGGCAGAACCAUGUCUGGGCAACUAGGUCCCCAGACAAGCGGUCCUGGGGAUUUCAACCCUCUUGCGGUGCCCAGCUCUCAGAGCAAUGCGUAUCACGGUCUGUCGCCAAUCAGCCCCGUCGCCAUGUCUCAAUAUGGGCAUCAGCAUAGCUUGGGCCCUGGGGAUGCGAACUUCUACUCAACAGACCUCAUGAGCAUGUCUCUGAAUCAGCAGGUCAAUGGGAUGCUGCAGCCCUUAGACCGGCAGCUUGUCUUUGGCGCAUACGCGGGCAUGGAUCAGGGAGAGUUUGCACCACAAGGCAUUAUGGACAAUGUGAGUGACUGGGACAACAUGUCUGCCGGCACCGCCAGGACGCCCAGCGUUGGUCAGAGGAUUCAGCGUCCGAGCACGCAGCAGGGCCGUAUGAACAGUCUCGGCGGCAUGCAACGGCACGCGCAACAUCAACAAGCUCAGCAACAGUCAUUUGCAACGUUCGGCAGUAUGGGCGGGCAGGAGGCAUCUAGUGCGUGGUUUAUGCCCUUCAAUAUGGAGCCGCCCGAGCUUGGACAAGACAUGGGUCUCAACCUUGAUAACUUUACAGGCAUUUUUGGCGGAGCGAUGGGCACACCCGGCGGAAUGGGAGCACGACACCCAGGAGGGCAAUGA